CAGAGAGGACUCCCUCUGCACGGAGGAGCAGCAGGCUGAGUCCAGUCCACCUUAAAACUCUGACAGGCUGAACAUACCGAGCACACAUUUCCUGAAAACGCCCCGUGCAGGGAGAGCAGGAAAACUCGAGUGACUCUGAAUCAUAAUAACACGGCUGUGCUGCUGAUCCACAGACUGGGGGUGGGACACUUGCCUCUCUAAAGUUACCCUGUAGGCUACUACCCCCCUCCUCCUCCACCCAGGCUACAACCUCCACCCAGGCUACAACCUCCACCCAGGCUCCAGCGCUCCACCGACCAAGGUCAGCAGCUGUGUCCGCGCACAGGAGCUCUACGCGCGGCUGCAACCCUCCGCGGACCCCGGCUGGUUCCUGGUUCCUGGGGGUCUGAGUCUCUCUGGAUCACAGACUGUGUCACUGACUGCAUGGAGACAGGCUGCGCGAGGGGGGAAUAAGGAGCUCAAACACGAGACACAGAACACAGUCUGUUAACACAAAGUGUCACCAUGUUGGGAAACCCAGGAUCUUACGCGAACAAGAAGAGGAAGAAGCCUGUGCUCAAACAGAAGAAGGUUUCUGACGGCACCGAGGUCGUCAAGUCCAACCCUUCCAAGCGCCACAGGGACCGGCUGAAUGGGGAGCUGGACCGGCUCACGGACCUCCUGCCCUUUCCAGAGGAGGUCCGGUCUCGCCUGGACAAGCUGUCAGUGCUUCGCCUCAGCGUGGGAUACCUGAGGGUCAAGAGCUACUUCAGAGCCACCAUGAAGAACGGGAACGCCAUCCGGAUGUUUCCUGGAGGGAACGGACAGAACGGGAACACCGCCGACACCGCCGGCCUCUCUGAGGGAGAGCUGCUGCUGCAGGUGAACUCCCACGUUCAGACGGCGGCCCGAGGCACUUAG